AUGUCAUCACUGAAUGUACCCCAUUUACAACGGCUGAAGUCGAAAAGGGUGGUCCUUGCAUCGGCAUCGCCUCGAAGACGCGAGAUCAUUCGAAAUCUUGGUUUGAACUUCGAUGUCGUUCCCAGCCUAUUUCCAGAAAACUUGGAUAAGUCCACCUUUCGUGAGCCUUCAGGCUAUGUCUCAGAAACUUCAAAAGGAAAGGCCCUUGAAGUUUACCAACGACUGAAGGAUGAGAAUUGUCCGGUAGAUCUAGUCAUCGGGUUGGACACGAUCGUUGUCAUCGAUGAUAGGAUUUUAGAAAAGCCAGGAACUCCGGAAAAUGCCUUGGCCAUGCUAAAGAGCCUUCGGGGACGGAUUCAUUCCGUGUAUACUGCUGUCACCUUCGUCUAUCCUCACGAAGGUGGGUCGAAGGUCCGAAGCUUUGUAGAAGAGACUCAAGUUGAAUUCGCAAACAUUAGCGAUCAAGUUCUUCAAGCAUAUGUUGAUACGGGAGAACCUUUGGAUAAGGCUGGAGGAUAUGGUUAUCAAGGUCUUGCAUCAUUUCUCAUAAAAAAAAUCAACGGCGAUUACUGGAAUGUGGUUGGUUUACCUACCUGCCGUUUGUUCCAAGAAUUAGAAACCCUAUGCGAAGCUAACGAAAUUUGA